AUAUGGCUGCGCACUUCAACAAGGUGGUAAAGGAGCAAUACUUCUAUAACAAACACUAACAAUCAGAUCCUAGAGCGUUUUAGCACAACUUAUGAUUGAGAUAUCAUUCGUUAUAGCCACAUAAUGAUUUCGAUAUAAGGAAAAAAAUAAUUGAAGCUUUCGGAGGUUCGUUAUUUACUUCCAAGUUCAUGUAUUAGCUUGCUGGAAACUAAGCGUUUUGUUUACCUUCGCAAAUGUUCUUAUUGUGUUUUUUAGGUUGAAAUCCAGCCUUAAUUUCAACAACACAGAUCAGCGGUCCGUCCGCUGUAAUUAAAUUUUAAAUUAAAAGUUAAAAUUCGUGCUUGGGUUGUCCCGUUCCGCAAAAAUGCUGUUCACCUCUAUGUGAGGCUGCUGACGGCUGCUGACGACCUCAGUCUGUUGAAAUCUGAAGUUUCAUCGGGAUGAAGUACCGCUUAUCGUUUGACACACAGGCCGAAUUGAAGAAAGUCCUCGCAGUGUAUUGAUUAUUUCUUUAUAUAGCAGCUGUAUGGCAUUUAUUUUUGGUAACGCAGUAAAAACAUGUUAAAUCAUACACAUUUUGAAUGAAUUUCGGUCUGAAUGUUCCUUCUGGGCUUGAGAUAAACAUGCGUCAAAGCCAAGACAUAUCAGGAUCUGUUUUUUACACUGCCACAUGGUGAGUCCUACAAACAAAACCUGCUAAUACAAUGGCUUACAGAAGAGUUGUAAACCUCCUUCCAAGAGGAAAGGAGUUUGUCUUUGGACUUUGGAUACAUCGAUUUCAAAAACCACAAACUGUCAUCAGCCAAAGUCACUGUGGCAGAACCGAAAGAACUCUUCACACCAGCACACCAUCGAUGGUGAAGCUGCUGUCAGUGGAUGAGCUUUUUGCCCGGAGGUCUGUGCAGGAACACCUGAAGAAGAUGGAGACGGAGUACAGCGAAUGUUUACGAGCAGUCAGCAGCAGUUUGCCAGAGGAGCAGUGCAGUGAGGACGAACUGAAGACCAAGAGGACCAAAGUGUCCCUGCUGGCUCCACUCGUCCAGAGCAUCAGAGAGCUGGACGCCAAGCAGAAGGAGAUCGCAGAGACUGAGAUGCUCCUGAAAGAUGACGAUCCAGCCCUGAGAGAACUGGCGGAGCUGGAGAGAGAAAGCUGUGUGCAAGACAUUCAAGAUCUUAGACAAAAGAUCCUGGAUCUGCUGAUCCCUGAGGAGGACGCUGAUCUGAGUGACCUCGUCCUGGAGGUCACAGCCGGUGUUGGCGGUCAGGAGGCCAUGCUGUUCACUGCUGAGGUGUUUGACAUGUACCAGGGCUUCGCUCAGCACCACGGCUGGUCCUUCGACAUCCUGGGGCAAAUGACCAGUGACCUCGGUGGACUCCGUAACGCCUCGGCCAGCAUCAGCGGCCCUCAGAGCUACAAGAUAAUGAAGUUUGAGGCUGGAGUUCAUCGAGUUCAGAGGAUCCCCAAGACUGAAAAACUGGGCCGGAUGCACACCAGCACCAUGACUGUGGCUGUACUGCCCCAACCCACUGAGAUCUCUUUGACGAUACACCCGAAGGACCUGAGGAUAGACACGAUGAGAGCGAGUGGAGCCGGAGGUCAACACGUCAACACCACGGACAGCGCAGUCAGAAUCGUCCACCUGCCAACAGGUGUUGUUGCAGAGUGUCAGCAGGAACGGUCCCAGCUGAAGAACAAGGAGACGGCCAUGAAGGUUCUCAGAGCAAAACUGUACAGCAUGAAGCUGGAGGAGGAGACCAGCAAACGCUACAACCAGCGCAAAGUGCAGAUUGGCACCAGAGGCAGAUCAGAGAAGAUCCGAACCUACCACUUUCCCCAGAACAGAAUAACCGACCACCGGAUCGGCAUGACGGUGCACGACGUCCAGAGCUUCCUGCUGGGAGAAGAUCUGCUGGACGAGAUGAACUCCUCGCUGCAGGAGUUCUCCAACCAGGAGGCGCUCAUGGAGCUGCUGGAGGAGAGCAGCCCGGAGGCGUCAUGAGUCUGAUGGAGCAGAAACCUGAGCUGACACUGUUACGCUGGUCCUUCCUGCUCUGCUGUGAGCAAGAAGAACACAGUGGAUUAUAAAGAGCGACUGAAGGCUGAAUGUGUCAUCCAAAGUAAAAAAACAAACAGAACAGUAGAUUUUAUGUGCACACACAAGUGUCUAAUAAAAUGUUGAACAUCAGGGUGAUCUUCUGCUUUGCUGAUUGGCCACAUUUUUUCAGCUUCUCUCAGAUGCGUAGAACUUUAUACUUUUACACACAUGUCAUGCAGGUUAUUUAGCUUUUAUUUCCACAUGUGUUACUUUUUCCACAUAACUUGUCAUUGCUUGUCUGAGCUUGGAGAAAGUGGACAGCGCUAAACAUGUCCGAUCUGAUACAUGGGCGUUUCUCUGCUGCUCUAACAGCCUGCUCUGAUCUGGGAAAACUUUCUGCAAGAUCGCACGACCCGGCUGUAGCAAUAUGCUCAAGCAACAUCAAGAUCUGGGUUAAAAAGUUCUCAUCAUAUUCUUCAGGCUUUGUGCAUGCGGGCAGCCUGAUUACCUGCAUCAGCUGGUUACUGUUGGUAAACCAGUCACAGUAAUGUUGGCUGUCUGAGGCUUGUUCAAAUGUGAAGUGACUACUAUUUGCAAGCUCAUGCAUGCAGAAUAAUUCUCAUCUGGUUCUGUGAAAGCAGUCUGAGGACAGGUUUGUGGACUAAAUGAGCCACUGUUUGACCACUGUUAUGUUAGAUAUUAAUCAGUGAUGGUUGUCAGGCUGCAAGAGAUAAAUGUUGAGCUUCUCCUCAAUGACUCUUAAGUGAUAACCAUGACUGAACAUUUCUUAGAAUCAAAUAAAAUGAGCUUUAAAUGCUGCAAGUAUUAUCAGCUGUACGAGUUCUGCAGUUUAUCAUUUAAUAAGUUUUAGAUUUCAAAUGCUAAAUUUCCUUUUCAGAAUCAAAUUAAAUGCUUUAUUUUUUAA